AUGGAGAGGAGUCACGGACCGUCAGUGGUGGCCGACCCCAGGCCCCAGGACCCGUCGGGCUGCCGACCCCUGAGGUCCAGGGAGCCGUCGGGAGCUGCGGACCCAGAGCCCCAGGACUCGGCGGAGCUGCAGAACCCGAGGUCCAGAACCUGCGUCGGGAGCUGCCGACCGCUGAAGUCCAGGACCCGUCCGGAGCUGCCCGUCGAACCCGAGGUCAGGAUCCGUCGGGCUGCCGACCCCGAGGCCGACCCGUGGGGAGGAGCCGACUCUCGGAUCCCGGGCCCCUGUCAGGUACCAGCUACAGCUCGCCCGGCCGUCCUUCCCGGCGGUCCCGGCUCCCCGUUCGGACCCAGUGAUCAGCUCCCGUCCGAACCCCAGAGCCCCCACCUCCCUAAGCCCAGUCAGGCCCAGGGGCCCCCUCCGGCCGAGGCAUUCACAGAAGCCACAGGCCACAGCACCACAGGACCCACAGCACCUGAACCCCAGAACCACAGGACCCCACAGCACCCACAGAACCCUGGGACCCACAGCACCCACAGCACCCACAGGACCCCAGAACCCACAGCACCCCAGAACCCACAGCACCCACAGCACCCCUGGGACCCACAGAACCCACAGCACCCACAGACACAGCACACAGCACCCACAGGACCCACAGAGACCCACAGCACCCCACAGCACCCACAGGACUUUAGAACCCUUUCCCAGGACCCACAGCACCCACAGCACCCCCACCCACAGGACCCCAGCACCCCACAGAACCCACAGCACCCACAGGAGCCACAGAAGCCACAGGACCACAGCAUUUUGGGACUAGCACCCACAGCACCCCACAGGACCCACAGGACCCACAGGCACCCACAGGACCCCACAGCACCUGGAACCCACAGCACCCACAGGACCCCACAGCACCCAGCUUUAGGACCCUGGCACCCACAGAACCCACAGAACCCACAGCACCCCACCCAGAACCCACAGCACACCACAGGACCCCAGCUUACAGGACCCACAGCACCCACACAGGACUGGCAGCACCCACCUGGAACCCACAGGACCCCACAGGCACCCACAGUGAGACUGGCACCAACCCCAGGACCCACAGGACCCUGGCAGAACCCCAGGACCCACAGGACCCUGCAGAACAGAACCCCACAGAACCCACAGGACCCACAGCACCCACAGAACCCACAGGACCCAGAUUUUGGCACCUGGGACACAGGAACCCACAGAACCCACAGCACCCCACAGGACCCACCAGGACCCACAGCACCCACAGCACCCACAGGACCCACAGCACCCCACAGAACCCCGGACCCACAGGAUUGCUUCCAGGCAGGACCCACAGAACCCACAGGACCCACAGGUUCCCUUCCAGAACCCACAGCGCCCCACCACAGGACCCACAUGAACCCACAGCACCCACAGGACCCACAGGGACCCACAGCAUAA